AUGAACAUACUACCAUUAGACUAUGAURCGUGCGCGUUUUCUACCGACGGGCGAUACGUUGCCUGCGCCGUUUCCAACCGUUUGAUCAUCAAGACUCAACCGUUCACCGGUCCACACGUCAUGGCUACAGCCUGUUAUSCCAUUGACAGUCUGUGUUGGAAUGCAUCAUCUAAUCUCAUACUGUGCACACUUUUCAGCAAAGGUGUUGUACAGGUGUACGACAUACAUGCCGACAAAUGGAUACGCACCAUUAGAUGUGGCUAUUUUAAGUUUGUGGCUGCAGAAUGGAUAGGUCGCAAAAAAAUUUUGUUAACGCUUGAAUUCCAUAUGGCUUUGGCUGUGUUUGAUUUGUUGAAAAAUUCCAUUGUAUACAUUGAAAUCCCCAAACCCAUUUGCCCUUGUGCGGUGUUUAAUAGUGAUGGAACACAUAUGUUUGUGGUCUCCAAGAUAAAUGGUUAUGAAAAGUUGCUAAUGAUGAGUUCUCGGACUUUAGAUAGAGUCAUUUACAUUCAAGACUUAAUAGGACCUUGUAAUGGUCUAAAUAAAUCUCCAGAUAAUCGAUUCCUCUGUGUUUUUAAUAAUAAAAAAUUAGCAAUUCUCGAUUUUCUCUCUGGAAAUGUUAUUGGUUCAAUUGAAUGUUCAUUAUUAAAUACUGUGAGUUGGGCGCCCAAUAGUAAUUAUCUAGCUUUAGGAUGUUCAUUGGGUAACAUUGUUGUAUUAAGUUCUUCUAAUGAGUUUAAUGUUGAAUUUAAAUUAUCUCGUUUGUCACUAAAUGAAAAUUUUGAUUUUUUCAUAGAAUCCGAUGGAGUAUUAAUUAAAAAAAACCCUUCAAAAACCUUUAUUAAUUCUGUUUCAACAAAAAUAGCUUUUAUCGUUUGGAGUUUUGAUUGUAGAUAUUUGAGUACUUAUGAAGUAGAUUCAACAUUUCUUUGUAUUUGGGAGAAAUAUAGAUUGAUAUGUGUAGUAGAACUAUCUAAAAAAAUUAAAAAAAUGCAGUGGUGUCAGGUAGAAAAUAAGCUGUCWGUAGCUUACGGUACAGGUUUAAUUUUUUUUUGGACUGAAGGACAAACUCCUAUAUUACAGACUUCACCAAAGCUUAUUGAUGGUACAUGUUUAUUAGUUUCUAACAUAUCUUGGUCACUUAAUAGUAGAGAUAUGAUUUUGAGUGAUGGGAAAAAAUUUUUAACACCUAAAUGA